AUGUACAGAUCCUUUGGCGGUGGCAAACCGAGUUCACUUCCUCCAGGCGUUUCACGUACUGUCCUUUUGGCGGUGGACGCUUGGCAUGGACAUUUGACUUUUCCAAGUCAGUUUGUCAUGAACAGACCCUUUGGCGGUGGCAAACUGAGUUCACUUCCUCCAGGCGUUUCACAUACUGUCCAUUUGGCGGUGGACGCUUGGCAUGGAUGUUUAGCUUUUCAAGUAAAAAUAUCAGAUAUGUUGAACAGUUUUUUUAUUUGA